CUGUACAUUCAGAUUGUCGACAGCGACGGUCGUGAAUUGAUCAACACAAAACGAGAGAACCGUCGUCCACCGGCUAUUCUGUCAAGUGGAAAUCGCCUGACUCUGUACUUCAAAGCUCACGAUUUCACGCAAACGGUUGGCUUCCGUGCUCGCUACGAAUUCGUGGACGAGAAAGAGUGGUCGGACAGGCCGAAUGCCAGAGAUUGCGAUGAAUUCCUCGAAGGCUAUGGUGGAGAAAUCAAACUGGAUGGCAAUCUACAUCUAAUCAAUACCUAUGUGGACUGUAUCUGGAUCAUCGGACGCUUUCCACACAUGGCUCGGACAUUCGACAGGAUAUAUUUGAAGAUCGAGGAAUUUCAUAUGAAAGGGGUCGGAUUACGACUGGAAAUACGGGAAGGAGCUUCGUCGACCAGUGGUUUGGAGAUCGUCUACACUCAGUUCUAUCGAUGGGCCACUGCUCUUUGCCCAGGCGUUGGCGAAUUUCACUGUGACAACGCACGCUGCAUAAAGGCAACUCUACGCUGCGACGGAACCAACCAUUGUGGUGAUGGCAGUGACGAACAUUGCCAACGUCCGAUUUCUGACUUCAAACAGCCUGAUACCGAUGUGUCGGGAUUAAUAGCGCUGGUAAUUGGUGUGUGUGGUCUGAUUCUACUGAUUAUCUCGACAACAGCCGUCAUGGGUCGAUUCUAUCGUCGACGACUAGCCGCCCAGCUGAAUGGCACCGAUCUGUCUGCACCCACCCCAUAUUCCGAUCCGACAGGGCCCUCAAUACAGACAGUGGGAGAACGGCGGUUUUAUGUCGUUCCGGAAAGUCAAAUAUCUGUCAUCGAAGCGCCACCCUCCUACGACGACGCUCUCAAGCAUCCACCGGUAAGAUGA